GUACGGCCUGCAGCGGGCGCUGUACGACGGAGCUGCCAUGGCCUUCCUGACGCAGCUGGCGCCUGCGGCUGCACCGCGCAUGGAGGCGCUCAUCGCCAAGCACUUGCUGCCCGGCGUGAAGAACGUCAAGUCCCUACUGCGUGCGCCUCCGGAGCCCCAGGGCAGCACCCACGUGCUGUUCGAAGCGUUCUGGCUGGAGCGGGGUCCGCUGGAGCUGCCGGGAGGGGGGCGCGAGGAGGACGGCUCGGGCCGGCGCUUCGUGAUGACUCCCAGCGUGCGGCAGCACCUUACCAACCUGGCUAGGGCGGUGCUCAUUAGGAAGCACCCCAUCCUGCUGCAGGGCCCCACCAGCGCCGGCAAGACCAGUCUGGUCGCCUACCUGGCCGCCCAGACCGGCCACACCUUCCUGCGCAUCAACAACCACGAACACACCGACCUGCAGGAGUACCUGGGCUCCUACGUCAGCGACGCGGCGGGGCGGCUGGUGUUCCGCGAGGGCCCGCUGGUGCAGGCGGUGCGGCGCGGCUGGUGGGUGGUGCUGGAUGAGCUCAACCUGGCGCCCACGGAGGUGCUGGAGGCGCUGAACAGGCUGCUGGAUGAUAACCGCGAGCUGCUGGUUCCGGAGCUGGGCGAGGUGGUGCGCCCGCACCCGCACUUCAUGCUCUUCGCCACCCAGAACCCGCCCGGCGGCGCCUACGCGGGCCGCAAGGUGCUCAGCCGCGCCUUCCGCAGCCGCUUCCUGGAGCUCCACAUCGACGACAUCCCCGACAGCGAGCUGGCGGAAAUCCUGGAGAAGCGCUGCGCCAUCGCACCCAGCUACGCGGCCAAGCUGGUAGCCGUGCAGCGGGAGUUGCAGCGCCGGCGUAACGCGCACAGCGUGUUUGCGGGAAAGCAU